UUCGAUUUCCCACUCGCUCGUUCGACAACGGCCAAGGAGGGAAACCAUGGCUGAUGCGUCGACCGACCCUGCGGCCCAACAGGAGUACGUGAAGCUGAUUAGCGCCGAAGGGCACGAGUUCUACAUCGCUCGAAAGUGCGCCAUGGUGUCUGGCACGAUCAAGGCCAUGCUGACGGGACAUUUCAUUGAAAGCAAGGGCGAGAUCCGAUUCCAAGACAUUAGCGCGCCGAUCUUGGAAAAAGUCAUUCAGUACAUGUACUACAAGAAACGAUUCUCCAACAGCAAUGCGCGGAUCCCUGACUUUGUCAUCGAGCCCGAGAUUGCGCUGGAAUUGCUCAUGGCGGCCAACUACUUAGAUUGCUAACCUUGUACAUCCAAUUCGUGUCUUCCAAGGUCCCCGACGUCUGUUCAGCUGUCAAGUGGACUCGCCUUAAUAGAAAUCAUUCUGUUAUCUCAGCAACA